AUGAUAGAUAUUUUUGCCGCCCUACACUAUUCAGAAGAGAGACAGGUUACAUUCGCUGUCUUCCAAUUGGAAGGGGCCCCGCGUUCUUGGUGGAACGUGAUACGACUGAAGUGGGACCGGGAACAAACACCAAGAACAUGGGUAAACUUUAUGAGGGACUUCAACGCGAAAUACUUUCCCCCUCUAGUCCAGGAAAAGAAGGAGGACGAGUUCAUUCGACUCCGUCAGGGAACGCAGUCGGUGGCUGAGUACGAGAGCCAGUUUACUCGUUUAUCUAAGUUCGCCCCAGAACUCAUUCUAACGGAGCAAAGGAGAGUUCGGCGUUUUAUUCAAGGGCUCAAUGUGGAAAUUCAAAAGGAUCUGGCGGUAGCCCAGAUCAAUACCUUUAGUGACGCCGUGGAGAAAGCUUUGCGAGUUGAAAAUGCCAGGCUUCAAGUAAGGAACUUUCAGGUGAAAAAACGGGGGUUCUCUGCGAGUAGUUCGACCCAAGGGGAUAAAGGGACCCCUCCCAAGUUUGGAAGAGGAGCCGGGGGAGGAAGGCAACCGGGGAUGACGCGAGGGACUCCGCCGAGGGGUGGUCACAAUGGACGGGGCCCACAGAGAAACGUCUCACAAGGAAGUUCGGCCUCAGUUGCACGCGGACCCUGUGGAUUUUAUGGGAAACCAAACCACACUGAGGACAACUGUUGGAGGAAAGAGAAAAGAUGCUUGCGCUGCGGGAGUGCGGAGCAUCAAAUAGCCAACUGUCCAGUGUUACCGCGGGAGGCGAGAGUAACCACCCAGUCGUCGAAGGCCAACUCGGGACAGUCCAAGGUAGAAGGGACAAAGCCAAAGGUGCCAGCUCGGGUUUACUCCCUUGAGCAACAACAAGUCCCUGAUUCCUCUGGGGUUGUAGAAGGUACGAUCCCUGUUUUUCAUCGUCUAGCUAGGAUUUUGAUCGACCCUGGUGCUACCCAUUCCUUUGUUAACCCCAAUUUUAUGUGCGGCAUUGAUAUAAACCCUGUUAGCUUGCCUUAUGACUUAGAAGUUAGUACUCCUACGGGGGACCAACGUUUGAUUACUGGACCUAUUGGAGCGUGGGUUUAUUCAUGA